UUUUGCCCAACACACGCAAAGUCGUUACAGAGACGAAACAGCGUGAAGACUUGAGCUUGAACCAUGGCAGUGAACGUGCACGCGACGAGCGUCAACACAGGCGCAUUCUCCCGCAAUGACAUGAUCGAGUGGGUGAAUGACUUGCUCAAGCUCAGCUACACCAAGGUUGAGAACCUCUGCACAGGCGCAGCGUACUGUCAGCUGAUGGAUAUGCUGUGGCCAGGCCUGGUGAACUUGAAGAAGGUCAAGUUUGACGCCAAGCACGACUACGAGUUUAUCGAGAACUUCAAGAUCCUUCAGUCGACGUUCAAGAAGAAGAAGGUGGACAAGGAGAUCCCUGUGGAGCGUUUGGUCAAAGGCCGCUUCCAGGACAACUUUGAGUUUGGCCAAUGGUUCAAGAAGUUCUUCGAUGCAAACUACGGCGGUCACGACUACAACCCCGAGGACAGGCGUGCCGGCAAGAAGGUUGCCGCCCCACCCUCCCUCAACGAACCUCCCAAGAAAGGACGCACAAAGCCGUCGGGGAUGAAGGCGCAGUCGACAGGUGCAACGACCGCUGCUUCCGGCCGCACGCGCGCUGCUGGCAAGACACCAACAGGAGCAUCAUCAUCUUCAGCAACAACAACAACGCCGAGGAAGGGUGGUGGUGGCGCCUCGUCAUCGUCGUCCAAUGCCGCCGUUGCUGCGGAGCUGAAGGAGAAGAACAUUGAGAUUGAGCAGCUGAAGGCCGAGCGGGAGCAACUGCUGCUGACGAUCAACGGCCUGGAGAAAGAGCGUGACUUCUACUUUGGAAAACUCAGACAGCUCGAGGUUGAGUGCCAGGAGGGGACGGAGACGCUUCCUGUGGAGCACAUCCUGAGCGUCCUUUACGAGACGGCCGAGGGUUUUGUGCAGCCAGAGAGCGAUGACGAGGAACAGCACAGCUGAGCUGCACAUCCCUGUCCAUCAAACCUUCUUCCAACACAUACACACACACGCGCGCGCGCGCGAACACACAUACACGUACACAUACAUGCAUUUACAUAUACUGCGUACGCACACGCACAUACACAAGCGCAUGCACACACAUGCGUUCCGUUUAUUCUUGCCGAUUUGUGUGUUGUGAUGGUGGGUGCGCAUGCGUGUGUAUGUGCGUGGUGGCCCGCUUGCCACGGCUUUCUGUUGGUUGUGCUGUUUCCGUGCUGUUGUUCCAGAAAGCACACGUGUCCCUCCGUACACCCUUGCUGUGUUUGUUUGCGGUCACAUGCCCUGUCCCGUAGCACGUGGUGCUUUGUCUGUUGCCCAUGCUUAUGUCGUUGUGUCGUGUGUUUAUUCCUCCAUCUUCGUUCGAACGUGCAAUAGAAACCUACAACGCAGCUGUUGUGAUUUGAACAUGCGCGCGUGUGUGUGUGAAUGUGUGAAUGUGAGUGAAAACUGGUUGAGAUCUUACACCAUUCUCAGCGCUCAGAGAUGGGGAAGCAAUCAAAAGCAAGCAUAAAGGAAACGGUGUG